AUGUCAUAUAGAAAUAACUAUAAUAAAAGACCCUAUAAAAGCAAUAACAACACUGGGUAUUAUAGGGGAGGAAGAGGGGGAGUAGGAAGGGUAGGGGCAAGAGGAGAUACAAGAGAUAACUAUUAUACUAAAAGACCACGUUACGAUGGUAACAACAAUAAUUAUUAUAGCAAUGCCCCACAAGUAUUGAGCCGAUAUAAUAAUAACAAUAAUAACAAUAAUAACAAUAAUAACAAUAAUAAUAAUAAUAAUAAUAAUAAUACUGGUGGUAUUAGAUCUAGUAGAUUUAAUCCAAAUAGCGGUAUUAGCACCAAUAAUAACAGAACUAGAACAUUUGAUUUGAAUAAUUUACCAAAAGGCCCCAGAGCAACGGUAAUACCGAUAACGGCAAAAAAUAAAACUUUAGAUAUUAAACGACAACAACAAAGAUAUUGCAUAACUUGCGGAUAUCCUGCCUUUAAAAAGUUGCAACAGGUUGGCGAGGGAACUUAUGGGAAAGUUUACAAAUGUGAGCAUGCAAAUUAUUCAGAUGAAAGUGUUGUUUCUAACAAUGUCGAUACCAAUAGUAAAAAUCACGGAAACUUUCUAGUGGCGAUUAAAAAAUUACGAUUAGAUAAUGAAAGAGAUGGUUUCCCUAUAACAUCGAUUAGAGAAAUAAAGUUAUUACAAAUGGUAUCCCAAACUGAUACAAAUUCUAUGAAUAAUUAUUUGAAGGACGAUAAAGGGGCAGACCUUGGAAAAAACGGUAAAGAAAUGGUAGACAAACACGAUGUAAAGGAUAACAAAAAUAUUAGUUUAUUGGAUGAAAUAAUGGUAACUCGUGUGAAGAACCACGAUGGAAUCAUCAAGGAUUCCACUGCUUCUGAUGUUCCAAACAGCAUAGACUCAGACACAAGUCAUACAACCAGUAAAAGCAUCAACAUGGUUUUCGAAUAUUGCGAAUUGGAUUUAAUGGCCUUAUUAAACUUUAGUUCGCUAGAAAUAAAAAUGUCAAACGUUAAGGACAUUUUCCAACAAAUAUUAAAGGGUAUAUCGUUUCUACACUAUAAUAGAAUAAUUCACAGGGAUAUCAAAAGUUCGAAUAUAUUAGUGAACAAGCUGGGUCAAGUUAAAAUAACGGAUUUUGGCCUUGCGAGGUUUAUUCCAAAUGUUACUAGCUCCUCGUCUACUAAUGUGCUCCUAGGACAUGAGGAAUAUCUCAACCCAUAUUGUAUAGGUAAUAAACAGGGAAAUUUUACAAAUAGAGUAAUCACAUUAUGGUAUAGACCACCGGAAUUACUAUUGGGUACUACGAAAUAUGGAUUUGAAGUUGAUAUGUGGGGAUGUGGAUGCUUACUUUUAGAAUUGCUUAACAGGAAAUCGCCAUUCCAAGGUACAAACGAAUUAGAAACCUUUUAUGACAUAGUCAUGAAGUUGGGGAUGCCGACCUUGGAAAAUUUACCUCAGCUAUUUGAAUUUCCUUGGACCUUUAUGCUUUUGGGAAAUCUAAACACAGCACCUACUAUAUCUUUUUUAAACAAGCUUUCUCAAGAUGAUGUGAAGGAAUUGUGUCAAGGCUUAUUGACUUAUGAUCAAAAUAAAAGAUGGAAUGCUGAUAAAUGUCUAAAACAUGAUUUCUUCAAUAAAAACGAACCAUUAGCUGAAAGAAUGACGUUUGCUGAUGAUCAAGAAUGGCAUGAAUUUGAAGCUAAAAGAAGACAGAAGAGGGCCGCCAUCAAGGCUAGUAAUAAUGCCAAUAGUACUAAAACACAUAGGUAA